AUGGCACUGCUCUCAAAUAUAAAUUCAGAAGUAACAAGAAAAUCCCCACCCGUCGCAAUUAUGAUUAGCAGUAAUACAAUUUUGGUUCGUUUCUUCGUCUCUCGUCAAAUUUUAAAAUUUGAACACUUUCAAAACUUUGCCCUCUCCGUCAAAGUGGUCUGGGUCGGUCUCGGCCUCAACCCUGGCAGCCAGCCACAUAGGCAGCAGGAAUAUCAGUGGGUGGCGAUAGUAACAGCCUCACCGCUGUCCUGUGAUAUAAAUACUUUAUCACGAUUGAAUUUCUGCCCCAAUGAACAUUAUAACUUAUAA